CUCCAACACACCCCCCCCCCUUAUUUCUUCCAUUCCUUUUCUCUUAUUUUCUUUCUCUCUCUCUCUCUCUCUUUUUCUUAUUCUUUCUUUCUUGUUUUCUUAUAGCACCGCAAAAUUACUUUAUGUUCGAACGCAUCUUUGACGACAUAAACGAUAGCACCUCAACCACCACCACAACCGCUGCACCACAACCACCGAUCACCUUUGACCUUAAACCGUCGCCUCACAUCCACUCCAUACGAAAUGUCAUAAUCAAGCAAUAUGCCGCCAAAAAGCGCAGACGCUUGCCCUGCAAGAUUGACCACAGGCCCUUGAAGAAGAAGCACGUACAACAACCAGUCGAUGAUCUGAUGGCUCGUGGUGGACUACCUUCACCACCUGUCGAUAGUCCACGCAACGAGUUUCCUGAAGUCGACGUCGUCAUACAACAAUCCCAACAAGCACAUUUACAACAAGCAUCGCAACAACAAGAAAAAGAAACCAUUGCAAAGGAGCCAGCUAUCAGAGUCCAGGACGCUACUGCUACUACGACCAGUCCCUCAAAAAUGAACGACUUGACAGCUGCCGACGUUACCAAAAAGCUUAAUGAGCUCAAGGAGGAAAAACAUCGUCUAUUCCAACUCAUUAAGCGGUUAAUGCAGCAGGAACAAGAGCAAGAACAAGAGAAACAACAAUUGCAAAUGCAGGAAGUCACUGCUGUUGCUGCUAUCGCUCCAUCGCAAGGAUCGCAAGAAGCAAGUACAAGCGCUGCACCUGCAGUAGUGGUAGUAGACAACAAGAGCGACAGCAGUCCUUGGUCGGUCAAUAAAAAUGACUCACAAGGACCUGUUGUUGCUACUGCAUCGCUGUCACCGCCGCCAACAGCACCCGCAUAUCGCCCUCUACAACAUCCUCCACCACCACCACCUCCACUUCCAACCUCAGUGCCAGCUCCUUCGAUGAUGCAACAGCGCCCUCCUUCUUUGUCCUCCUCACCAGCAUCGUCGUCGGCAUCGUCAUCGCCCAAUGAUCACUUCCGUCGACCUCCUGUUUAUGGACGACCGCUCAACAACAACAACAACAAUAAAAGGGCUUCGUAUAACAACAACAACAACAACCGUGGCAAUAGUAGCAGUGGCAGACCAUCGUUCGGUGGCGGUCAUCAUCAUCAUCAUCACCAUUUACCACCGUCAUCUUCGCAACUCCAUCCAUCUCGCUAUUUUCAUCAUCGUCACCAAAGACCCAUGUAUCGACCGUCGUAUCCGUCCCGUGACUACGCGCCACAACCAUGGUCGUCCUCGCCUGUCCAACCUUAGAAAGAGAUAUUAACAUCAAUUACUAUAGCGACCCACCCUUCUCUUCCCCCCCCUCCCCAUAUAACCACUCUCCAUCCUGUUUAUCUGUCCUCCCCCUUCUGUCAUUGUCCUCAAUCUGUAAUUACCUUUGUACUAUACGUUGUGUCUUCCGAGCUCAGUAUAUAUUAUAUACAUAUAC